GGAGGAGAAUAUUGAAAAACAAGGAAGAAUCAGUUUUUUUCGUAAUAAAAAAAUAAUCAAUUUAAACUUAUGGCCAGGGAAACCCGUCUCUCGUAAUUCUGAAAUUUAUCAUACUACCCCGCUAUUUCGAUCCCCCGAUUCGAUGCGAUUGAUUUGAUCAGUUGAUCAAUAGAAAUGGCUGAGAAUGGUGGAGUCGCCUGCAAAUGUUAUUCUGAGAGGAGAAGUUAUUGUUUCAGAGAAAUUCGUUUCGGGUCGAGAAAGACGAGAAGAAAUUUCAAAACUCUUCCUAUGAUUCCUUUGUUCAAGACAGGUCUCUAUAGAUGCGGCUCCUUUGCCGGAAGUUGCUGCAUUUUGAGCAUGGAUUACCGAGAGAAAGCUAGAUCUACAAUAUUGGAAUCAACUAAGCAGAAGCGGAUCCCAAUUUUUGUGAUGAUGCCGGUUGAUGUAUUUGGAAUUGAUACUUCUGGGCUCCCGAAGAUUAGAAAAAUGAAGGCCUUAACUAUGUCCCUAAAAGCGCUCAAGUUGGCAGGUGUUCAUGGAAUUGCAGUUGAAGUUUGGUGGGGCAUUGUUGAGCGUUAUGCCCCCUUUUCUUAUAAUUGGUCUCUCUAUGAAGAACUUUUUAAGCUGAUAUCUGAUUCUGGGUUUAAGUUACAUAUUUCCUUGUCUUUCCACUCUAGCAUAGUAUCAUGCAAUAGAAAAGGCGGUGUUAGUCUUCCACUGUGGAUUAUGGAGAUUGGUUAUCUAAAUAGGGAUAUUUAUUAUCGAGACCAAAAUGGGCUCUCAAAUAAUGAUUAUCUUACACUAGGAGUGGACAGAAUACCUCUAUUUUGUGGCAGGACUGCCCUCCAAUGCUAUGAAGAUUUUAUGUUCAGUUUUCUAAACAAAUUUCAGUCACUUAUGGGACAUGUAAUUGAAGAAAUAAGUGUCGGUCUUGGUCCUUCUGGGGAACUGAGGUAUCCUGCUCAUCCAUCUGGUGAUAAUAGAUGGAGAUUCCCCGGAAUUGGUGAGUUCCAGUGUUAUGAUAAGUACAUGAUGGAGGACUUGAAGAGUGCUGCAUGUGAGGAAGGAAAACCAGAGUGGGGAGAUGAUGGCCCACAAAAUGCUGGAUGCUACAAUAGUCUUCCAUCUGAGGUGCCUUUCUUUGAAGAGGGAGGAGAAAAUUUUCUUUCUGAUUAUGGUCGCUUUUUCUUGGAAUGGUACAGUGGGAAGUUGAUCUCCCAUGCAGAUGCUAUUCUUGCAAAGGCUGCAAACAUGUUAAGGAGAUAUCGAAACAAUGGACCAAAUUCUGUUUUGUUAGUGGCUAAAAUUGGUGGCAUAUACUGGUGGUACCAGAUGGAUUCACACCCAGCAGAACUUACAGCUGGUUACUACAACACUUCUCUCAGGGAUGGGUAUGACCCAUUGGCUUCAAUGCUGUCUCGUUAUGGAGCUGCUUUGCAUGUUUCCUGCUUAGAAAUGAUUGACAGUGAAACUCCAUCUGCUUAUCUCUGCAGCCCUGAAGGUUUGCUCCAGCAGGUAAGUGUGCAUUCUAACUUAGUUAAAUUGCUUUCUUGUUUAACUAUG